AUGACGUCGUGGAUGUUGUCAUGUCUGUUCGCUGUGGAGAGAAAGUAGCGCUGCCGGGCCGGCGGACAGAAGCGUGUGUUUACAUAUGAAACACUGUUUAACGUGCUAACCGGGCUACAGAAACGUGCACUAACGUAUGAAACACCGGUGUGACGUGCUAACCGGCCGGUAGGAGCUGUGCUUACACAUAAAACACGUUUCCUGUGUGAGCCGGCGGAGGGACACAGUCCGCCACAUGACGCCGCGGAGGAGCUACCGGCAUUUAACGGAGCGAAGAAGAAGCUAGCCCGCAGCUAACGUAGCUCACCGGCUAGCCGGCUAGCUGGUGAGCUAACAGCUGAAACGUGAGUGUAUAAACAUCCUGUCAUGAGACGACAUGCUGCUACAUCCGGGUCACUCACCACCUGUACCAGCUGACUGAUGACGUCACCGUCUGUUCUUAUGGCGUCUCCGUUCAAGAUCCCAAAGAAGAAACAUCCAUCAGCUUCUGACUCCGCCCCCCUGCACAUGUCACCACUGACCCGCCUGCAGAGCCCCGCCCCCGAAUUUAAGAGCUAUGGGGAUCAGUCCAGCAGAGGCAGAGCUGACAGGGUGCAUGCUGGGAACUCACAGGGCUCCUCAGUGAACAGACGGAGCGAUCCUCUCUUCAGGAACGUCGUCCAGACGCUGCUGGGACUCAACAGAGGAGACUCAGCAGCCAAUCACAGAGGAGACUCCGCAGCCAAUCACAGAGGAGACUCCGCAGCCAAUCACAGAGGAGACUCAGCAGCCAAUCACAGAGGAGACUCCGCAGCCAAUCACAGAGGAGGAUGGAGCCACCAAUCACAGACAGCCGGGUCGUCCUCGGCUUCUUUCUGCAACGGGUGGCGCCCUAAGAGAGCGUCUGACCGACUGCUGCCACCUGAUGUGACCUCAGAGCGUCCGUCUCCACCACAGAAGAAGAAAAGCGCCCUCAGUGGGUCGGCCACUCAAAGAGUCUCUGUGGACUCACUGGACUCCCUGGCAGAGCUGAGGGGAGAGGGGCAUGCUGGGAGUUUGAGUUCUUCAGAGAGAUGGGACUCAGCUGAGAGGAAGGUAGAGCAGCAGAAGAAGAACUCGUCUUCCUCGGGUUCAGACCAGACGUCAGAUGACGACUUUGUGUCUCCGCCCUCAAACACGUCCUCUGUCAUGUCAUCCAGCACGGCGGCCAGCAGGAGGCGGGGCCUGGACCGGAGGGCGUGGCUCGCCGCCGGCAGCAGCCAGAUGGAGGACGUGAGAGAGAAAGAGAGGAAGAGGUGGAGAGAGUUCAGAGGGAGGAAGACGAGAGGUCUUCAUCUUCACCUGAAGAAACACAGAGACGCUCCGACAGAACCCAUUGUUCUGUCCAGUGAGGAGGAAGAGGAGGAAGAGGAGGAAGGAGACGCAGGACACAGGAAGUCACAGAGGGAGGAGGAGGAGUCCGAGCAGGCUCCUCAGACGUCUGAAGGGGAGGAAGAGGAGAACAACCUUCCUCCUCCUCCUCCUCUCUCUCCUCCUCCGUCUCCUUUCCUUCAGCUGGAAUUCAUCUCGCUUCACGCCGGUCUGACGCACGCCGACGCCAACGGGAAGAUCACGAUCACAGAGAACGGACUCAUCAUUCCUCUGAAAGGCGUGGAGGACGGGGAGGUCGCCGUGGUGGCGUCUCAGGUCCGGGGUUAUGGCGUCUGGGACGGGGGCGUGGCUCAGGGAGGCGUCCUAUUGGCUGCUUGGAAAGGCCCCGCCCCCUCACUACUCUUCCUCUGGGUCUCUGACGCUCAGGCCAACCUACUGCAGAGGGAGCUGUCCACAAUCCAGACCCCGAUCCAGACCUCCACCCAGACCUCCACCACAUCAGGCCCAGCGUGCUCCUUCCUCCUGCUGGUGCUGAAGGAGCAGCUGGUGGAGCUCCAGGCCGCCCUGCUGGCCUCCAUCCUGGACAUGGAGGAAUACAGGAAGGGCUCCUCCUCCUCCGUCGGGCCGACCUCCCCUCUAGAGUGGACCGACGGGCUGCUGCUCCUCCACAGCUGUCCUCCUCCUCUGGACCAGCACCUCCUCGGACUGCUAGGACACUCCCAAAAGGAUCUCUUUCAGGUGGGAAACAACCAGAAGACUAAGAAGUCAAACCUGAACUCUACUGGUCUGCAGCAGCUCCCCACCAGGUUGAUCCAGUAUCCGGCGCCGCCCUGUAAAGGCCGGAUCACGGUGACGAAGGAGGACCUGGCCUGUCUGAACGCCGGCGAGUUCCUCAACGACGUCAUCAUCGACUUCUACCUCAAGUUCCUCCUCCUGGAGGGAGUUGGGGGCUCGGUGGCCGAGCAGAGUCACGUCUUCAGCAGCUUCUUCUACAAACAGCUGAGCAGACGGAGAGCCGCCGGAGACGACGACGCCCCCUCUGUCCCCGACCGUCACAUGAGACAUCAGAGGGUGAAGACGUGGACCCGACACGUCGACAUCUUCACCAAAGACUUCCUGUUUGUGCCUGUCAAUCAAGAAGCUCACUGGUUCCUGGUGGUGGUUUGUUUCCCGGGUCUGGAGGAGGUUCAGUACCAGGAGUUUCAGAGCUCAACAGGUGGAUCAAAGCGACCUGCAGGUAAACCUUCAUCCUUGAGUCUGAGAUCACAGCAGCCUCCGGAAAUCACCGAGCAGAGCUGUCAGCGGGACACGGUGUUAAAGAGGCCCUGCAUCCUGGUCCUGGACUCCCUGAAGCUGUCGUACCACGAGAACGUCUGCCGGCUGCUCAGAGAGUACCUGCAGGUGGAGUGGGAGGUCCGGAGGGGGACGCCCCGCCUCUUCACGCCGGACGCCAUGAGGAGCUCCAGCUGCAGAGUCCCUCAGCAGGACAACAGCAGCGACUGUGGACUCUACCUGCUGCAGUACGCCGAGAGCUUCCUGCAGAACCCCGUGGUGCACUUCGACCUCCCGUUACGGUUGGACAACUGGUUUCCGCGGCAACAUGUGCGACAGAAGCGCGAGGAGAUCCGGUCUCUGAUCAUGAGGAUGCACCGGAGUCAGAGGGGGGAACACUGAAAACCAAAGACUCACCUGUGCAAUAAAUAAUUUAUAUUUUCUACGUUUUUACUUUGAAGGAUUUCAGAUAUUUAAUAGAUUCUGUUUUGUGUGCUUGUAAAUAACUUUAUACUGCAAAUAAACCUUCUUAA